GGGAGAGGGGAGUGGAGGACAGAGACACAAAGAAGAGGGACAGAGACCUGGAGGGGACAGAGACCCAGGGAGAGGAAGACAAGGGCCUAGGGCAAGGAGGACAGCGCCCCAGAGAGGGAGUGGAGGACAGAGACACAAAGAGAAGAGACAGAGACCGGGAGGGGGCAGAGACCCAGAGAGAGAGAGGCAAAUCCCCGAGAAUAAGCUACAGAGACCAGGAGAAAGGGACUGGGGGUGGGGGGACGGAGACACAGUUGGGGGAGAGGAGACUGAACCUUAGGGAGAAGGGAGUAAAGACUCAGAAGGAGGGGAACAGAUUCAGAGAACAAUGAGACAGAGACCCGGAGGGAGGGUAGAGACUUAGAAAAGAGGGUCCAGAGUCUCAGCGGGGCGAGGGCAGAGACGAGGGGACAAAUAAAUACUCAGAGAAAGGGGAUAGAAAGACAUCGAGACACACAAAAACGGGAGCGGGGGCGGGUGGGUAGGCGAUACGAACCAGCCGCCGCACCUGCAGAGGGAGGCGGUGGGCCAGGGAUAAUGCAGCGGGAGAAAGCCCGCAGCCCCUGACCCGCCCCCUUCGCUCCCGCAGGCACCGCCUCCUCCCGCCGCAGCCCGGGCAGAAGCUGAGGCCCCGCUCCAGCGCCUGCGCCCAGCUGCUCGGUGUCUGGCCAGCCAAGGGGGCGGGGCAGGACACGCCCCUCCACUAGCCCCGCCCCAACUCUGCGCUCCCGCCGGGACUUUCGGACACCUAGCCCCGCUCUAUUUCUCAUUGGCCCCGCUUAUUUCCUCAGCCUAGCCAGUUUCCCGGCGCUUAGGUUUCUCCCCUCCGCCGCCCUUAAGGCUCUCUCUUCACCUGUCCUCAUCCAUCCCUUGGUUCUGCAGUCUGCAGUCCGCUGUUAUCUAGACUUGGUCCCUUUUACAUCACCAGUUGGAAGUUCUUGCAGCGCCCUCCAAAGCCCUGCUGACCCUCACGCCGCUCUCCCAGGUUCUCUGAGCCCAGACUCCCCGUUCCAGGUCCUAUUCUUCCAUCCAGCCCAGUAAUUUUGUACUCUGCAGGUCUCACCUUUCCCGUAGCGUCCCCAUACCCGUUCUGUACUCUCUUAGCCCUGCCCCAACCCCGCCUAGGCUGGUUGCUUUCAAGCCUCUUAGAGCCCCAGUACUCCCCUAGUCUCGUCUUCCCACAGUCCAUUCAAGACGGUUUCUACCAUUUGUAGAUCCCACCCACCUUCCUCAGUCUCAUCCAUCCAUCCUGACACUCCUUUUCCCGGCCCAACCCCUUCCUCGCUUCGUUCCCUUUCUUAGUCCUAGGUAGACGCUCUCAGGUUUCCAGACCUCGCUUAUAUCCUCUCCUGCUCACUGGGUCUCAGUCCCUAUUCCUCCUUUCGGUCCAGCCUAGUGUCAUUUCGCGCGAAAGUACGGUCUAUUCUUCAUUUCCAGUUCCCGCCCCUCGUUCAGUCUCGCCCCCUCACUACCCAGCUCAAUUAGGACUGUUUCUAACUUUCCUAGGCCCUGCCUCUUCUUAAGAUCCGCCCUGCCCCGACAAAGCAAAGUUAGGGGCCCAACCCGGCUGUCUCCAUCUGCCCCUCCCCACAGGCUCCAGGUUGCCGGCUCUUUAGAUCCUUUCUCUGUCCAAUCAGGACCGUCUCCCCCAUGCCAGUCAGAAGUCUUUAAGUAGUUUGGACUUGUCCACUUCCUCUGCUCCGCCCACUCCUUUCUUCAGUUCAAUCAGAUCUCUUUCUCAUAUCUAGUCCCACCCCCUCAGUUAGCUGCCCGUCCUGCCCAUUUGGCACCUCGCUCGGACCUCCCCUUCUCUCGGAAAGAUCCAAUCGGUGUGUUUCACCUGCAGCCCCGCCCCGAGCAGCUAGGCUGUGUGGAGUCCCUGUCCUUCCCCCUGCCUCAGCCCCGCCCUAGCGUCCCCAGACCAAUCAGCUCUGUUCCGCCCCCACAGAGGCCCCGCCCCCUCCACCCGUCGCUUCUUCCACCCAAUCACGUCUGCUUCUCCUCCUGCAGCCCCGCCCCCGACGCCCCGCCCCUUCAGCCCCGCCCCCCGUCCAAUGCUGAGCUCAGUCUGCGUCUCGUCCUUCCGCGGGCGCCAGGGGGCCAGCAAGCAGCAGCCGGCGCCACCGCCGCAGCCGCCCGAGUCCCCGCCGCCGCUGCCCCCGCCGCCGUCACCGCCGCCGCUGCAGCAACAGCAGUUUGCGCAGCCCGGCUCCGCCGCGUCCCCGGCGGGCCCCCCGGCACCCCGCGGGCCCGGGGGCCGGCGCGCCGAGCCAUGCCCCGGGCUGCCGGCGGCGGCCAUGGGGCGGCACGGCGGCGGCGGUGGCGACAGCGGCAAGAUCGUGAUCAACGUGGGCGGCGUGCGCCAUGAGACGUACCGCUCGACGCUGCGCACCCUGCCGGGGACGCGGCUGGCCGGCCUGACGGAGCCGGAGGCGGCGGCGCGCUUCGACUACGAUCCCGGCGCCGACGAGUUCUUCUUUGACCGGCACCCGGGAGUCUUCGCCUACGUGCUCAACUACUACCGCACAGGCAAGCUGCACUGUCCGGCCGACGUGUGCGGGCCUCUUUUCGAGGAGGAGCUCGGCUUCUGGGGCAUCGACGAGACCGACGUGGAGGCCUGCUGCUGGAUGACCUACCGGCAGCACCGCGACGCCGAAGAGGCGCUCGACUCCUUUGAGGCUCCGGACCCUGCGGGCGCAGCGAACGCCGCCAACGCCGCUGGCGCCCACGACGCGGGUCUGGACGACGAGGCGGGCGCGGGCGGCGGCGGCCUGGACGGCGCGGGCGGCGAGCUCAAGCGCCUUUGCUUCCAGGACGCGGGCGGCGGCGCCGGGGGGCCGCCAGGGGGCGCGGGCGGCGCAGGCGGCACGUGGUGGCGCCGCUGGCAGCCCCGCGUGUGGGCGCUCUUCGAGGACCCCUACUCGUCGCGGGCCGCCAGGUAUGUGGCCUUCGCCUCCCUCUUCUUCAUUCUCAUCUCCAUAACCACCUUCUGCCUGGAGACCCACGAAGGCUUCAUCCACAUCAGCAACAAGACGGUGACGCAGGCCUCCCCCAUCCCGGGGGCUCCACCGGAGAACAUCACCAACGUGGAGGUGGAGACGGAGCCCUUCCUGACGUACGUGGAGGGCGUGUGCGUGGUCUGGUUCACCUUCGAGUUCCUCAUGCGCAUCACCUUCUGCCCGGACAAGGUGGAAUUCCUCAAGAGCAGCCUCAACAUCAUCGACUGCGUGGCCAUCUUGCCCUUCUAUCUCGAGGUGGGCCUCUCGGGCCUCAGCUCCAAGGCUGCCAAAGACGUGCUGGGCUUCCUGCGUGUCGUCCGCUUCGUCCGAAUCCUGCGCAUCUUCAAGCUCACGCGCCAUUUUGUGGGGCUGCGCGUGCUGGGCCACACGCUCCGCGCCAGCACCAACGAGUUCCUGCUGCUCAUCAUCUUCCUGGCGCUGGGCGUGCUCAUCUUCGCCACCAUGAUCUACUACGCGGAGCGCAUCGGCGCCGACCCCGACGACAUCCUGGGCUCCAACCACACCUACUUCAAGAACAUCCCCAUCGGCUUCUGGUGGGCCGUGGUCACCAUGACGACCCUGGGCUACGGAGACAUGUACCCCAAGACGUGGUCGGGGAUGCUGGUCGGGGCACUGUGUGCCCUGGCGGGGGUGCUCACCAUCGCCAUGCCCGUGCCCGUCAUCGUCAACAACUUUGGCAUGUACUAUUCGCUGGCCAUGGCCAAACAGAAGCUGCCCAAGAAGAAGAACAAACACAUCCCCCGGCCCCCGCAGCCCGGCUCCCCCAACUACUGCAAGCCCGACCCCCCUCCCCCGCCGCCCCCGCACCACCCCCACCACGGCAGCGGCGGUAUCAGUCCUCCGCCACCCAUCACCCCGCCCUCCGUGGGGGUGACUGUGGCCGGGGCCUACCCAGCGGGCCCCCACACGCACCCCGGGCUGCUCAGGGGAGGCGCGGGGGGGCUCGGGAUCAUGGGGCUGCCUCCUCUGCCGGCCCCCGGGGAGCCUUGCCCGUUGGCUCAGGAGGAAGUAAUUGAGAUCAACCGCGCAGAUCCCCGCCCCAAUGGGGACCCUGCAGCAGCUGCGCUUGCCCACGAGGACUGCCCAGCCAUCGACCAGCCCGCCAUGUCCCCGGAAGACAAGAGCCCCAUCACCCCUGGCAGCCGUGGCCGCUAUAGCCGGGACCGAGCCUGCUUCCUCCUCACCGACUACGCUCCUUCCCCUGAUGGCUCCAUCCGGAAAGCCACCGGUGCUCCCCCACUGCCCCCCCAGACUGGCGUAAGCCAGGCCCCCCAAGCUUCUUGCCCGACCUCAACGCCAACGCCGCAGCCUGGAUAUCCCCCUAGCGGACGAACCCCUUCCCCCCGGGCUCUUGUCACCGCCUGAGACCUCGCGAGACCCUCGGUCCCCCCCUGCCCCUUCCCCCCAGGUUAGCAAUUGGGAAUGGCUGGGAGGGGGUGUUCCCAAGAUACUGGGCUUCCAACCCCUGCCCCCCAGGCCCUCUGUCCUCUGGUCAAGACCCCCUCCCCCAGACAGACCUCUUGGCACUGACUGGGAACGCACUAGAACUUCCCCCAGACACCGGCAGUACUCUGAGAUCCUCCCGAGCUUUCCAGAAACCACACACACACACACACACACACACACACACACACACACACACACCCACACCCACACACACCCCCCACACACACUCUCCCCGGUCUUAGACCCUUUUGGCUCUCAGGCCUCGGUUAGACCUUCCCAUCAGAAGGUUCCACGACCCUUUAAAGAUACCUCAUCACAACCUUCAGGUGAGCCUUGCCUCUCUCAGGUCCGCCCCCCCACGGGGGGGGGCACUGCCAGUUCACGCUCCUUUCUGCCUCUCACAGCCCCACCCACCUGCCUUUCCUCCUUUCUCCCCCGCUAGGUCAGCCCCCACCGGAGCCCUCCCGAGCCCUCCCACCGGCUGCUCCCCCCACAUGCAUUCCACCGAGCUCCCUCCCCAUGCCCGUGCUGCCCACCAUCCGCCUUGCUGCCCCCCCCAACCCUUUUGCCUCAGAUAAGGGGGCCAACGGGGGUAGGGAGAGGGGAGGUGGGAGGGGCGGGCUGCGGUGGGGAUGGGGUGGGGGAGGCUCGGUGGGCACCACCCUGCCUCCUAACCCUGAGUCUCUCCCCCCUCCCCAUGUCUGAACCUUUCUCCUUGAUUCCGACUGACUGUCCGAUUUGUUCACUUUUCUCUCUCCAUCUCCUUGGUCCGCCUCUGUCCAUUUCUCUGCCUCUUGCCAUCUGUUUUGUUAUGUCUUGGUGUCUGACUGUCUGUCUCUUAUCCCUUCUGUCUCCCUCGCCGUCUCUAUCCCGGACUCUGUGCUUCCACCCUUUUUCUGUCUCCUUGCCUCUUCCCGUCCCUCUCUCUCUUUCUCCGGCUCCUAUCCUUUCUGGCCGUUCCUCCCCCUGCUUCCCUGGCUCGGGGUCUGUCUGUUGGACCCUCCCCCUGCACCCCCACCUCCAUGCUUCCUCCCCAUGUUUCUGCCCCUCCCUCCCCCCCCCCCCCCCGGUUACGAGAAAUCCCGCAGCCUGAGCAGCAUCGCGGGCCUGAGCGGGGUGUCCCUGCGCCUCGCGCCCCUUGCCACUCCCCCUGGCUCUCCCAGGGCCGCCCGCCGCGCUCCCCCAACCCUGCCCUCCAUCCUCUAACGCUCCCCUCCCCCCCGUGGGGGGACUGGGGGUGACAGGGAAGAAGGUCAAAGGAGCUGGGGGUGGGGGGUGGGGGAAAGGGUUUUUUUUUAAAAAUCAAAAAGUCAUUAAUAAUAUGCAACCGAGACGACGACGCCAGCAGACACCCCCGGACCCCUCACCCCCACCUGGGCCCCCAGGAUGGAGGGGGAGGAGCCAAACUCCAGCCCCCACCCGCCUCUCCCCCCUCCUCUCCCCCCUCCUCUCCCCCCAAUAAAGCCUUCUCAGGUCUCCAUGAGCCAUAGGACAUCCCGCUCCCAUAAACUCCUGUAAAUACGUCCAAAUUAUGCCAGUUACAUUUUGGGGCGCCUCUCCGCUAGUCUGCAUGCCUCCCUCAACCCGGAUCCCUCCUCCCCCCUUCCAGCUCCACCUCAGCAAUAAGCCGCCAGGGGCUGCAUGCCACGCGAUUGAGGGAAGGGGAAGUCUGGGAAGGGGGCGGGGCCUCAAGGGGGUCCGGCCGGCUUUGCAGCCGCGGGAGGGUCUCCUAGCCUCCUACCGUUCGCCCCAGGAGGACAGCCCAUCACAUUGAUGUAAAGAGUAAUACAGUAGCAACAAUGUGAGGGAAGGAGGAACAGCCACCCAGGCCCCCCGAACGAGCUGAGCUCAGAGGGCGAAAGCGGAGACCUGGGGAGUGGCCUGUGGACAGCUUCUCCCUCAGCCUUUAGGAAGAUCCCUCUGGUGAACGUGACCCUUUCAUCCCUCUCCAUCCCCGCCACGGGGUCUGCUCGCCUCUAUUCUUGCUGCAUGGACCCAGACCUCCCAUCUCGGAAUUUCUGGGAUGAUCUGGCCCUAGCACACAAAAUCCCCAACGCCCCCUCCAGGUUACCAGGACACGAGACCUGCACCCACAGUUCCCGAGACCCACUCUGGCACCCCGCAUCCCCUAAAUCCCCACCGGGUCCUGGGACUUAACUUCUGCGUACAGAUGCUGUCCCCCGCCCCACCCCACCCCCACCCAAUCCCUGGACCGCAUCCCAACAGCUCAAACCUCCAAGACUUGACCCAGCCCUUCAGCUCACUUUCAGCCUUUGGGAUGCUCCAGAUCCUUCCCACACUUGGGCAUUUCUUGGACACCCCCAGAUCCUCAGGCCUUCCCCCCCACCCCUAGAUAAUCCCCAAAUCUCUAACAUCUGACAUCCACCUCAGGUUCUCCUGAUACUAGAAUUCCCAAGAUAGGCUCAACCUGUCUGCAAUUCCAGGGAACCAGACCUCCCCCACCCCCAACCUUGGGCAUCCCCUUUCGUAUGCCUCGCCCUGCCUCUUCCAAGAGCCCCUUUCCUUAAAUGGUGCCCAAAAGGGACCCUCUUCAUGGACAUCAGUGUUUCCCAGAGAGUUGCAUUUGUACCCCUGGUGAUGUGCUAAGGUUUUAGGCAGUGUAAGGACGCUUAAUCUAAGAAGUUUUGUCUUUCCUGGCAUGUUGCUCACAAGCCGGUAAGUCCAGAUACUGCUGCUUGGCCCAGACACUGUUUAUUCAAGGUAGAGUGUUUCCACUUAAAGCAGAGGCUGUGCCCGCGCGAAGGGACACUGGAAUGGCAGAAGCUCGGGAAACGACGACAUACCUUACCGGGGCUGGGAUCCCAGCCCACCCUUCCCCGGCAUUCCGCGUCCUGCCACGCUCGCGGGUGGAAAAUCAUUUCUCAUACCCCAUCCUGGCUCAAGGAUGCGCUACCUCCCCCAAGCCCAGAGACCACACCGGUCCCAGAAUCCUUAGAGGGGACCCCUCCCCUUUUGGAGCUGGAGGCCCACGGAACUAGCAACCUCCUUCCCUCUGCUCCCACGGCCUCAGGAACCCCCCCCCCCAACACCCAUCCGAGGGUUGGGGGGUGUCACUGAGCGCGAUUCUUGAUGCAACGAUUCCUAUGCAAGGGGCAUUUUGAGUCCCCCAUCCUUCCCUCGGACCCUAAACCCUGGCGAAUCAGGGGUGAGGGGUGGGGCAGGUUCUGGUGGGAGCGGGGUGGGGCGAGGCAAAGGGCUAGGGGCUCCAGACACCAGGGUAUGGGGGUGGGGACUGAUUAUAUUGCCAAAGGGUUUAACUUCUUUAAAAAAAACAAAAACGAAAAAAAAAAAAAAAAAAAAAAAAAAACCCCAGACUCCCCUGACCCUCACGGAAGCCGAACGGUGCGGGGAAAGGGGGUGAGGAUCUUUUCCAAAGGGUACAGCCCUCUUCCCAACGUCUCCCCCUGCUCGCCAGUCUGCCACACGUACCCAGCUUUUUAGUUCAGCUUUUAAAAAUAAUCACAAUCAUAAACCUUUACAAAACGUGAUUCACGUCCUUCACCCCAACCCCCAUCCCCCAAGUCAAACAAACAGUGUGGGAUUUGGGGAGGAAGAGAGAGCCAAAGGGACAACUUCUAAGUCCCGCUCCCCUUUUCUCCCCGGCCGCCAGGGUGCCUGCAACUACACGCAUGCGCUGCAUGACGCGCUCCCCACACGCAUGUCGCGCCCCUCCAGCGCUCCGGGAACGCACGGACACGGGGCGAGGGGCGGGGCGAUUGGGGAGGAACGGACGGCGGGGGUCUUCCUGAGUUCAGCGGCUCCUCCUCCCCAUCACACACACAGCAAUAAGAGUCUCUCACUCCAACGUGGGCGGGGCGGGCCUGGCCUGUCGAGGCGGGAGGUGGGAGGAGUGGCCAGGGGGCGCUCUCAGGGAUGGGGGCGGGUGUCCGGAGUCAGUGUGGGGAGGGGAGGUCUGCAAAUCGUCCAACUCUGGUGCUAAUGGCGGGUCUUCUCAGCCCACCCCCAGGGCAGGGAGGGAGGGGUCGGCGUGGCCCCUCCCCCAAGUCUCCCCCACGCCCACCCUGGGUGCAUGAACCGCCCAAUGCAGAAGCUGCCGCAUGUCACCUGCCCUCCCCAAAGAAAAAGUGUCAUGCCCCCUUCCCGCCCGCCUUCUCACUUCCCACCGAAAUAAAAGUUUCCUUUUCAUUUAAAA